AUGAACGACUGCAGAAACAGAGGGAUGAGGACUCGCCUGGGCUGUCUGUCUCAGAAGUCAGACUCAUGCAGCGACUUCACAGCCAUCCUUCCGGACAAACCAACUCGGGCUUUGAAAAGAUUGUCCACAGAAGAAACUACCAGAUGGGCCGAUUCUUUUGAUGUUCUCCUGAGUCAUAAAUAUGGAGUGGCUGCAUUUCGUGCCUUUCUGAAGACAGAAUUCAGUGAAGAAAACCUGGAGUUCUGGCUGGCAUGCGAGGAAUUCAAGAAGAUACGAUCAACUACCAAACUAGCUACCAAGGCCCAUCGGAUUUUUGAAGAAUUUGUUGAUGUGCAAGCACCACGAGAGGUAAACAUAGACUUCCAGACAAGAGAAGCAACAAGAAAGAAUCUAGAAGAACCAUCACCAUCAUGUUUUGACCAAGCCCAAGGGAAAAUUCACAGCCUUAUGGAAAAAGACUCUUACCCCAGGUUCCUGAGGUCCAAAAUUUAUACGGACCUGUUGUCUCAAACCCAGAGGAGGCUCAGCUAG